AUGGAUCAGACAUUCAGACCCAACCCGACAGCCCCUGUCGUUCGCCUCAUGGUUCUUGAAACGGACAAGCCUCACCCAGACACGUAUUCGGAGCGUGGUUCAUUUGGCCAAAUUGUGCAUAGCUUCUUUUCCAAAGCUGGAAGCGCCCAUCAUCCACCCCUUGGUGUUGAGACGGACCAAGUCUUUGUCGUGGCUGAACAAGGCGGCCGGGUUCCAACAGUGGAGGAAUUCGCCCGGUUCGAUGGCCUGGUGAUCACCGGAAGCGUGUACGAUGCCCACGCCAACAACCCAUGGAUUUUGGACCUCCUCGAACUGCUCAGAACUCUCUGGAUUCAGCGUCCAGACUUCCACUUCCUGGGCGUUUGCUUCGGCCACCAGCUCCUAGCUCGUCUUCUAGGAGCCACGGUUGCCCCCGCGCCCACCCAGGACUGGGAACUCGGCCACUCUCGCAUCGACCUCACCCCAGUGGGCCAGCGCCUCUUCCGCACACGCGAUGACCACAUCUAUCUGCACCAGAUGCACCAGGAUCAAGUGAUCGCUCCGCCAACCGCUGAGUCUGCUGGUCUCGAGUUGCUCUCUGCAGGCACCGAAGUCGAGUGCUGGGGCCAGAGCGCCCAUACAUCUGUUCAAGGCUUGUACCUCCCGAACCGUCUGUUUACUUCGCAGGCACACCUGGCGUUUGAUGAGCAAAUGGUAAAGCGACAAAUCCAAAUCAGAGUGGACGGCGGCGGGAUCAAGGAUCUUGAGCAUGCCGAUCGGGCGGCUGAGACGGCGCACUUGGAACACGAUGGUGUCGAGGUUGCCAAGGCUAUAUUGCGGCUGUUUGUGUAUGAUGACGAUGGAAUGGGUUACGAGAGACGAUAA